CGACUUCUUCGGGCUCCGCGGCGGUGCGCAAGCGCUGUGGCCCGACCGGGGACUUUGUUCUCCGCGGAGAGACCCAAGGGCGGUGCCGGCGGCUGGCUGCGCACGCGCGCCGCCUCAUUUCCGGUGCUCUCUUUCGCUGGGUCGGUCGGGUCGCCUUCGGUCGCCGUCGCUCCCGCUCUCCCACCCCCGCCAACCGCCGCUCGGGCCUCCGCCGCUGCCGCGUCGCUUCCUCGAUCCCUCGAUCGCACAUCCUCCCCAAUGCAGCGCCGGGACGACCCCGCCGCGCGCAUGAGCCGGUCCUCGGGCCGCAGCGGCUCCAUGGACCCCUCCGGUGCCCACCCCUCAGUGCGUCAGGCGCCGUCUCGGCAGCCGCCGCUGCCUCACCGGUCCCGGGGAGGCGGAGGGGGGUCCCGGGGGGGCGCCCGGGCCUCGCCCGCCACGCAGCCGCCACCGCUGCUGCCGCCCUCGGCCACGGGUCCCGACGCGACAGUGGGAGGUCCGGCGCCGACCCCGCUGCUGCCCCCCUCAGCCACUGCCUCGGUCAAGAUGGAGCCGGAGAACAAGUACCUCCCCGAACUUAUGGCCGAGAAGGACUCGCUGGAUCCGUCCUUCACUCACGCCAUGCAGUUGCUGACCGCAGAAAUUGAGAAGAUUCAGAAAGGGGAUUCAAAAAAGGAUGAUGAGGAGAAUUACUUGGAUUUAUUUUCUCACAAGAACAUGAAGUUGAAGGAGCGGGUACUGAUACCUGUCAAGCAGUAUCCCAAGUUCAAUUUUGUGGGGAAGAUCCUUGGACCACAAGGGAAUACCAUCAAAAGACUGCAAGAAGAGACUGGGGCAAAGAUUUCUGUUUUGGGAAAGGGCUCAAUGAGAGACAAAGCCAAGGAGGAAGAGCUGCGCAAAGGUGGAGACCCCAAAUAUGCCCACUUGAAUAUGGAUCUGCAUGUCUUCAUUGAAGUCUUUGGACCCCCAUGUGAGGCUUAUGCUCUUAUGGCCCAUGCUAUGGAGGAAGUCAAGAAGUUUCUAGUACCAGAUAUGAUGGAUGAUAUCUGCCAGGAGCAGUUUCUAGAGCUCUCCUACCUGAAUGGAGUACCAGAGCCCUCUCGUGGACGUGGGGUGCCAGUGAGAGGCCGGGGAGCUGCACCUCCUCCUCCACCUGUUCCCAGGGGCCGUGGUGUUGGACCACCUCGGGGGGCUUUGGUGCGUGGUACACCAGUGAGAGGAGCCAUCACCAGAGGUGCCACCGUGACUCGAGGGGUGCCACCCCCACCUACUGUGAGGGGUGCUCCAGCACCAAGAGCACGGACAGCAGGCAUCCAGAGAAUACCUUUGCCGCCACCCCCUGCACCAGAAACAUAUGAAGAAUAUGGAUAUGAUGAUACAUAUGCAGAACAGAGUUAUGAAGGUUACGAGGGCUAUUACAGCCAGAGCCAAGGGGACUCAGAAUAUUAUGACUAUGGACAUGGGGAGGUUCAAGAUUCUUAUGAAGCAUAUGGCCAAGACGACUGGAAUGGGACCAGGCCAUCGCUGAAGGCCCCUCCAGCUAGGCCAGUGAAGGGAGCAUACAGAGAACACCCAUAUGGACGUUAUUAAAAACAAACAUGAGGGGAAAAUAUCAGUUAUGAGCAAAGUUGUUACUGAUUUCUUGUAUCUCCCAGGAUUCCUGUUGCUUUACCCACAGCAGACAAGUAAUUGUCUAAGUGUUUUUCUUCGUGGUCCCCUUCUUCUCCCCACCUUACUCCAUUCUUAACUCUGCAUUCUGGCUUCUGUAUGUAGUAUUUUAAAAUGAGUUAAAAUAGAUUUAGGAAUAUCGAAUUACUUUUUUAAGUGUGUAGAUGCUUUUUUCUUUGUUGUUUAAAUAUAAACAGAAAUGUACCUUUUAUAAUAAAAAAAGAAGUUGAGUAAAAAAAAAAACCACAAACCUGUUAGUUUCAAAAGUGACAUUGCUUGCUUAAAGGUUCUGAAGUUAAGGCUUGUUAACUUUAUCUUAGUUUUGAUUUGAGGCAUCCCGUAAAGUUGUAGUUGCAGAAUCCCAAACUAGGCUACAUUUCAAAAUUCAGGGCUGUGUAAGAUUUAAAAUCACAAACGUUAACGGCAGUAGGUGCCACCGUGUAAAAGUGAGCUCAGACGUCUCUAAAAAUGUUUCCUUUAAAAGCACAUGGCGGUUGAAUCUUAAGGUUAAAUUUUAAUAUGAAAGAUCCUCAUGAAUUAAAUAGUUGAUGCAAUUUUUAACGUUAAUUGAUUUAAAAACAACAACAACAAAAUUAGGUUUGUAAAACUGAACUUUUUCAUUAUGUGGGUUUUGAAAUCUAGCCCCAGACAUACAGUGUUGAGAGAUACUUAGCGGGGAGUAGGUUUUGAAGAGGUUGAUUGGGGGAGAGGGGCUGGCCACCUGAGUUGAAUUUGAUGCAGAGGUUUUUAGCCACAAACAAUCUUUCUGUAAUAGUACUAAUAAUUAAAGUUUCAGUAUUUAAAAAGACAAAGUAUUUUGUCCAUUUGAGAUGCUGCACUCCAUGAAAAGCUCACUUGGACACUGGGGCCAAAAGCUGAUGAUUUUCUUAAGUUGACGGUUGUCAAUACUGAACUGUUCCCAAGGUAGUUAGUCAAGUAUGUCUCAACACUAGCAUGAUAUAAAAAGGGACACUGCAGCUGAAUGAAAAAGGAAUCAAAAUCCACUUUGUACAUAAGUUAAAGUCCUAAUUGGAUUUGUACCGUCCUCCCAUUUUGUUCUCGGAAGAUUAAAUGCUACAUGUGUAAGUCUGCCUAAAUAGGUAGCUUAAACUUAUGUCAAAAUGUCUGCAGCAGUUUGUCAAUAAAGUUUAGUCCUUUUUUAAUCAAAGUAAAUGUGAUGAAUUGUCAUUUUUUUGGGUGGACAAUAAAAUAGUUUUCUCUUUCAAAUAAACUUAAAUUAACUCUAAAGUUAAUGGGCUUGUUAAAAGUUGGAGACAUUCUUAAAAGUGGUGGGGGGGAUUUUAUUUUAAGUUUACCAAAAAAAAAGUUUAUGGAGUUGUUAAGUUUUAGUUUAAAAAUAACCAAAGCUUUUUCACCCCCUGGAAGUUGUUGAAAACAGUUUUAGCCAAUCCUAUCAUAAGCUCUAAUUUCCGAAGAGAAAAACUCAAUUAAGCUGAAAGUUAGAAUGGUUUCCAUACAUAGGCCUCAAUAUUGAAAGUGCCAGCCACCCUAGUUUGCACCUUCUGUAAAGCCCCUAGGUGCCCCUAAGAGUGACACCAAAUCAUCUUUGUGAUCUUGGAAAAGGGUAGCACUGCCUGCCUUUGAUAAGACAAUUCAGCAAACCCUGGAUGCCCUUAAGGGUUUCCCUUCCAAUCCCAGAAAUGCUGUUAACAAAUCAGCUGGGCUGGGGCAGGAUCUGGCAUGAUAGGCUGGCUCUGAACUCCCUCUUGAGAGACCAAGAGGGCAAAUGAUGGAAUUGGUUGGCCCUCUUUCCACUCCUCUAUGUUAAUUCUCAGGUUCUCAUGUCUUCCCUAAGGGAGCCACCUAAACUGCUCGGGGGUGAAAAAUCCUCUUGUAUGCAGUGCCAAGCUGCCUGCAGCAGUGCAUGAUGGACAUUUUUUUUCUUUUUAAAACACACCAACAAAAAAAUGUAUUUGUAGAUUGUGAUAAAGUGUAAAUAACUGAAUUUUCAACCAUGGUUUGAAGUCAGCUUUCAGGGCAUUAUGUCUUGUUUUGAUGAAAAGAGAUCACUCUAUACCCCCCUUUUUAAAGGAAAAUUAUCGCAAGAGAAUCAGGAUGUGUAAAGCUAACAUGCAUCGCAAAAAACCAAAGGUAACCUAAAUGUCUGAUUUUAAUAGCACAUAUUUCUCUUUUACAUAAACUGUGACAGCAACUUGCAUAAACAAUUCUUUAGCUGUUAAUUUUAAUGUUAAAACUUUGCAAAACUUGUUUAAUAAAAAUAGCUGUAAAAAGAAAAACCAUAUGCUGCCACAUAAAUUAGCCAUAACUCUUAAUAAUCCUGCCCAUCACAAGUGAACUGUAAUGUAACCUGGGCACAAAGUCUGACAUCUUAAAUGACACGUUGUUAAAAUUUCAAUGACUAGUUUAGACCUGCUGCUCCCCAAAGUAAAGCUUUCUGCUCAGCUAUUUUAAAAUGUACAAGGAUGAGCCCCUCUAGGUCCCCCGUAUUGAUAUUCACAAUGAAACGUUACUUAAAAUUUCUUUAAAGUUGCAUGACUCUCUCCUGUAAUGUGUAAACUGCAUGCAGGAUCUCUAUCUUUUAUUUUGUGUCUUUAAAACUUCCUCUUCAAAAGACUGAUCUCUUGCUUCUCCAUUUUCAGAUGAUUGAAAACUCCUGAGACAUUUUCUGGAGUAGAAUGGGUAGUGAAGACCCAUGUCAGCGAUCAGAGGACUCUGGAAACCAGGAGAGCUGCCUGCUGUGUCAAGGCUGGCCUGAGGGCAUUUGCUGAGCACAGAGAAACCCAGGAGCGGAGAUCCACAGUCUUUUCCCACCCCACCUCUUGAUCUGUUUGAUUUACCCACAGAAAGCCAGCCAGGAUCCCCUGAGAGAGUCUCUAGGCCCAGAAUGGAGUCCUCAGGACUGCAGGGGACUGUGAGGCUAACAGUUAAACCUGCUCAGGACUUCAAAGAGUUGAAGGGGGACUGACAGUAUCCCCAGCAUGGCCUCCUAGAUCUGAAUAAACUGGCAGUCCUACUGUGUCUUUCCCAGUUUGCCUGCUUCCCCUUAGCUUCCACUAGAACUAGCUGGAAUACCCCUACCACCACCUCCUGUUUCCCGCCUUGCCACACCUGUGUUGUGGGUGCCAGCCUGGGAGCCGUUGGACACUUCCAGAGGGCUCCCAGAGAGAGGCAGGUCACCACCUCUGUAACAGGCCAAGGAGAGCCAAGUGAGAAGGUUCAUUUACUUUGGGCAAGUUAUUUAACCUCUGAGCCUGUUUUUCUCUCCACUGUUGAUUACUAACCUUGUCCAAAAAGCUCUUGAAGGGUAGGGCUUUUCCUUCUUCACCUCUGUACUAUAAUCCCUUCCCCAACAAAUAUCUGACACUGAGGAGCUCAAUAAAGAUUUGGUCAAGUUAUGAAUGGUCCAACUCUGGUAGCUUCUGUCAGCUUUGGGAGAGAGCCAAAGGCCCCCUGUCUAGCUCCCACUUUCCUUCCAGCUGUAUUGGGCUAGCUAUUUAUCCAUUUUCCCAUUUCUCUUGAAGAAUGGGAAAGUCAGCCUUUGAUAGACUUCUGGUUUCCUAUGGCCUAUGCCCUAGGCUGAUUUUACACUGAGCUUCCUGAGAGGUUAGGGACCUCUAAUAUUGCAUUCUUCCUUUAUUUUAUUUUUACUUUUUUUGUGUGUGAGGAAGAUCAGCCCUGAGCUAACAUCCAUGCCAAUCCUCCUCUUUUUGCUGAGGAAGACUGGCCCUGAGCUAACAUCCAUGCGGAUCUUCCUCCACUUUAUGUGGGACGCCGCCACAGCAUGGCCUGACAAGCGGUGCGUCGGUGCGCGCCCGGGAUCCGAACCCCGGGCCACCAGCAGCAGAGCACGCGCACACUUAACUGCUACGCCUCGGGGCGGCCCCUACAUUCUUCCUUUAAUGUCUCCUCGUUAUUUAUCCCAACAAGGGAGCAUCGCUUCUGGCCUUUUGGCUAAGAUCAAGUGUAGUAUCCUAACAAGGGAGCAAGAGAAUGGGCUGAGUUUGGGGAAAGAGCCUGUCUGCACUUUAACUGUGCCUGGGGCAUUCUAAUGAACUUGGAUUCCUUCUUAGCAGGAAAGGGAUGUUGAAAUCGGUUGAUUUACUUUGGGCAAGUUAUUUAAUCUCUGAGCCCAUUUCUGUCUUCACUAUUGAUUAUUAUAAAUAAUAGCAAAUUAUUUAUUGAAAGCUUAAUAAUGUACCAGGCGCUAUCUCAAGCACUUAUAUGCACUGUUGCACUUAAUUCUCCAAUCCAUUAUACUCAUUUUACAGAUGAGGAAACGGAGGCUUAAGGAGGAUAAGUAACUUGCCUAAGGUUAAAAAAAGGUUCUGUCAGACUUCAGAGACCUUGCUUUUGACCAGUUUGUACCUCUUACAGCUACCAGUACUUUGAAACAGAAAAGCAUUGUGUUUGUGUGAGAGAGCUGUUUAGGGUGACAAACCAUCCAGGUUUACCCAGGACUGAGGGUUCCUGGGAUGUUGGACUUUCAGUGCUAAAACCAGGAGAAUCCCAGGCAAACUGAGAUGUUUGUCAACCUAAGUUUGCAUUGCGACUCUCAGUCCAGGGUUGACCACUGAGGCUGCAUUUUCCCUGGCUUCUUGGUCUCCUAGGCCUCAUCUUGUGGCUAGAGUUCCUUUAUCUAGCAUUUGAGGACCUGCUUCAGUUCAGCAGGCAGGGGAGGAGUUUGGGGCGGGGAGUUAGGGAAUCAGAUGGAAUCCUGGUCAUAGAUAAAUGGAGGCGCAGAGCCUGGGUCACUAUCUGAGAAGCCAGGGCUAGGCUCCUAGGCAGCCAGACCCUCCACCCCCAGAUGCAGGAUAUCUACUUGGGAGCCAAGGAAUUUUACAGGAAGGCUCACAGGGCUAAAGCCAAAGAGAUCUGGAUUCAAAUCCUAGCUCAUCACUUGCUGUGUAUUUUUCUGAGCCUGUUUACUCUGUAAAAGUAGGAUAAUAAUCCCUAUCCACUGAAUGGAUAGGGAUUUCACAAUGUGUGUGAAAUACCUACCACAGGGUCCAUACAUAAUAGUGGUCAACACUUAAGUUUCCUUCCUCCUUUUUUCUGGCUUGUUUUUUUAAUCCAGUCCUGUCACCUGUCAUGUCUGUCACAUACAGCCUUCUCCCUCCUCCCAUUACCACUUGCAGCCCUAGGGAUCUUCCUGUGAGAGCCCUGACCUAGUAGGUUUGGCCCACCCGCCCAGCUGCCCUGCAUGUCAGUCACCUUCCCUGCAAGCAGAGAAGGGAUGACAUCAGGCUUCAUUCCUUCCCCCAUCCGAAGCCUCUGGACUGUUUUGAGCCGUAAAUAUUUUAGCUGGGCCUUUCUCUGGAUGUUGCCAGGGUAAUGGACUCUCAGGGGAGUGGGGUGGGGGUGUGGAGGCAGGGCUGGCAGCCUGGGGCCUACCAGCAGAGCUGGCCCUGAAGGGGCGGGUAUGAAGCCUGGCCAAGAGCCAGCGCUUGCUGCAGCAGUUCUGAAGGCUGUUGCUCUGUCUGCCUCCUUCCCUUUCCUGGGCCGCUCCUACUGCUUCCAGGCCCUGCUCUGCCCUUGAGUGCUACUUGGGUAAAUUGCUAAAUGUCUUCAUUUUAACAUCUGUAACAGAAAAGUCCCUGAUUAACUCAGUGCAGGUAAGUGGAGAAGACAAAGAAGAUAAAGGAGGUUUUGUAAAAAUCCUGUGAAACGCUAGAUUAGUAAGUCAUGACUGGAGAAGCUAGGCCCCAUAGCUCUUUCUCUUUUUUUUUUUUAUAAUUUUAUUUAUUUAUUUUUUCCCCCAAAGCCCCAGCGGAUAGUUGUAGGUCAUAGCUGCACAUCCUUCUAGUUGCUGUAUGUGGGACACGGCCUCAGCGUGGCCGGAGAAGCGGUGCGUCGGUGCGCACCCCAGAUCGAACCCGGGCCGCCAGCAGUGGAGUGCGCACACUUAACCGCUAAGCCACGGGGCCGGCCCACCCACAGCUCUUUCUGAUAGACCUAGAGGCUGGAGUCCAGGGUAAUGUGGAUGCUGCUCUAAACACUGAUCAUCAGGGGGCCGGCCCGGUGGCGUAGUGGUUAAGUGCGUGAGCUCUGCGUUGGUGGCAGCCCGGGGUUCCCAAGUUCAGAUCCCAGGCACGGACCUACACAUCGCUCAUCAAGCCAUGCUGUGGCGGCAUGCCACAUACAAAAUAGAGGAAGAUUGGCAUGGAUGUUAGCUCAGGGCUAAUCACCCUCAAGUGAAAAGAGGAAGAUUGGCAAUAGAUGUUAGCUCAGGGCCAAUCUUCCUCACAAAAAUAAAUAAGACAUCCCUCAGACAUGGCACUGCCUCUCCUCCUUCCCCCUUCUUCACACUGCAACCCCAGCUCCUUUUCUAAGGUUCCCAGGUCUAGCUAGACUAUCUGGCCUGACACACGGUGUUCUAAGGAGUUGGGCCUAGAGGCUUGUGAGCAGAAUUGAUAAAAGCCUUUUUUUGCUUGAGAUACAAAAACUCAGGCCCCAGAACUAGAUCCGGCCCUCAUCUUCUACCCCCAAUCCUAGAGCUCUUACAUCUGGCUAGCUGCUAGGCUCUAGGUUGUGGCAGCAUGCCUCCCUCUCUCCUUGUGAUGUGUCUAAGAAAGAAAAGAGGACCACACGGGGGGCAACUGGAUCAUGUCCCACUGCUACUGUUGAGAAGCUCUGGAUUUGGCCCAGAAUUCCACAUCCCCUGCUCAGCCAUUCCCACUGCAAUUUUCCUGUUGAGCUGGGAGUUCUGAUUCCUUUGUAGCGAGCUCCCUCUGAUGGUUGAUAUGCGUUGCAGGAAAAUAGGAUCUCAAAAGUAAGAAUGAAUUGCAGGCCACCCUAAGAGGUGGGAUGGCUAUACCAAGGAGAAGAAUCCUUGUCCCCAACUCCUAAUGACAGUCAUUGCAUUUCUUAUAUAGGAUAUCUCCCAUAUGUUUGCUUCUCUCUGUCAUUAAACCUUAUAACAAUUCAGUGACGUAGGAAUUAUCCUAAUUUUACAGAUGAUACAGGUUUAGAGAGGUGAAAUCAAAUCCAGACUCUUCACUGUGUGUAGCAUUCAAAAUCCUCAAGUGAUAUGAACUUAAUCUAUUUUUCCAGCCUUAUCUUUUCCAGCCUCAAUUACUCUAAAGCCAAAAUGGACUUGCUCUUCUGGAAUACAGCUUACCUCUGGACCUUUGCUCAUGCUGUUCCAUCUAUCUUCAUUGCUUCCCCCCUCCCCAGUACAUUACCUACCAAAUUCCUAUUCAUUUUUGAAAAACUAAAGUGGCAAUACGGUAUUUUCUAAAGCUUGCAUAUAUUAUCUUUGUAAUAAAUAUUAUAAGACAUGAGAAGACAAAUGUCUGGAUGAGAACAGAUGGGUGGGGAUCUGAGAUGUGGAAGGUUGAAUGGGGAGAGAAUGGCCCAGGAAAUAAGAAGAGCAUGAAGACACCUGUAUUCUCUUGUAGGCUCUUGUAGUAAAAAUCAGAUGUGAGUAUUUUUGCUGGCAGAAGAAAGUGAGAGCAAAUCCCUUGGAAGCUGGGACAGAACUGCAGGUGACAUGUCUUCAAAGUCCUUCAUCUUACAUUCACAUUAGUUUUCUUUGUACUUCAUAAUAUAUCCAUGUCUUAAUAAUAGCUAAUAAAUAGCACUUACUGUGCACUAGGCACUGUUCUAAGUACUUUACGCAGACUAACUUAAUCUUCACCAUAAUCUCAUAAGAUAGGUACUAAUACUACCCUCACCUUACACUGAGGAAACCUAGGCACGGAGAGGUUAAGUAACUUCCUAAGGUCAUGCAGCUAGUAAGUGGUGGAGCCAGGAUUUGGUUCCAUCUAAAUCUGGCUCAGGGAAGGUGCUCUGAAUAACUACACUUUAAUAUUGAAAAUAUUGCCUUACUUUUCCAUGAAUAAAACUGACACUCCAGAAAGCA